AGAGAUCAUGACCUGGGAAUGGAACGGGACCUUUCUCCCUCACCUGGCAGGCCCCAGCAGCACUCUUCCUCUAAAGCUGGUUUAUGUAUUUCUGAGCCCGUAACCCAUUCUUUUGAAGAUCUCCAAUUGUGGUCUGUUUCGAGUCACUUCUUGUUUGAAUGGAGUCCUCUGGUAGGACAUGUGGUGCUACCCUCUCUGAAUCCUCACAUAUGGCUCUUCACCCUGACAGCUGAAUAUCUUUGCUCCUGCAGGGUGUUUGCUCAGUGAGAGGAAGCCUGUUGCACAAUGGCGGUUUUUGAUACUCCAGAGGAGGCCUUUGGCGUCUUGCGUCCCAUCUGUGUUCAGCUCACAAAGACCCAGACAGUGGAGAAUGUGGAGUGUCUGCAGGCACAGUUACAAGUCGUGAGUGACUCUGCCCUUCAGGAACUUCAGCAGUACAUCCUCUUCCCUUUGCGAUUUACCCUGAAGACCCCGGGCCCCAAAAGAGAGCACUUGAUCCAGAGUGUGGUGGAAUGCAUCACCCUUGUCCUCUCUUCAACGUGUGUGAAGGAACAAGAACUUCUCCAGGAACUCUUUUCAGAACUCUCUGCUUGCCUGUAUUCACCCAACUCUCAGAAACCUGCAGCUGUGUCAGAGGAGUUGAAAUUGGCUGUGAUCCAGGGCCUCAGUGCAUUAAUGCACUCGGCUUAUGGGGACAUCAUUCUGACUAUUUAUGAGCCCUCCAUUCUGCCUCGUUUAGGAUUUGCUGUAUCUUUAUUGUUAGGCCUAGCAGAACAGGAGAAAUCAAAACAAAUUAAAAUGGCUGCCUUAAAAUGUUUACAGGUUCUACUCUUUCAAUGUGAGUGUCAAGACCAUCCAAGGUCCUUGGAUGAACUUGAGCAAAAGCAGCUGGGGGAUUUGUUUGCUUCUUUUUUACCUGGCCUCUCAACUACACUGACCAGGAUCAUCACAGGAGACUUUAAACAAGGGCACAGCAUUGUCGUGUCUUCCCUAAAGGUCUUUUACAAGACAGUGAGCUUCAUUAUGGCUGAUGAACAGCUCAGAAGAGUCUCAGAGGUCCGAGAAAAGCCUGCCGUGGAGCACAGAGUAGCGGAGCUGUUGGUUCACAGGGAAGCCAAUUGGGUAAAAAAUACCGGCGACAGGUUGACUGUCCUUAUUAAAAAGAUAACUGAGUGCGUUUCAGUUCACCCACACUGGAAGGUGAGGCUGGAAGUGAUAGACUUUGUCGAGGCCCUUCUCUUGAAGUGCAGUCAGUCACUGGUCGAAUCGGCUGGUCCCCUUCUGAAGGCUCUGGUGAGUCUGGUAAAUGAUGAGAGUCCUGACGUCCAAGCCCAAUGCAAUAAAAUUCUGAGACGUUUUGCAGAUGAGAAAGUCGUGGUGGGCAGCAGAGCCUUUGCUGACAUCUUGUCAGAAAACCUGCACUCCCUUGCCACGUCCCUUCCCCGCCUGAUGAACUCCCAAGACGAUCAGGGCAGAUUGUCUACUCUCUCCCUGUUACUCGGGUACCUGAAACUCUUGGGCCCCAAAGUGAACUUUGUCCUCAACUCUGUGGCCCAUCUCCAGCGCCUUUCCAAAGCGCUUAUCCAAGUUCUGGAAUUAGAUGUGGCCGACGUCAAAAUCGUUGAAGAGCGGCAUUGGAACUCUGAGCAUCUGAGCACUUCUCCAGAGACUUCCGCCUCCCGGCCGUGGGCUCAAAUGCAGAGGAGAUAUUUUCGCUUCUUCAAUGACGAGAGGGUUUUCCUGCUCUUGAGGCAGGUUUGUCAGCUUCUUGGUUUCUAUGGGAACCUCUACUUGCUCGUGGAUCCCUUUAUGGAACUGUACCACGAGUCUGUGGUUUACCGGAAGCAGGCCGCCAUGAUCCUAAAUGAACUGGUUGUAGGGGCUGCUGGGUUAGGGGUAGAGAAUGUUCAUGAAAAACACAUUAAAACAAACCCAGAGGAACUGAGGGAGAUCGUGACAUCAAUACUUGAAGAAUACACAAGCCAAGAAAACUGGUAUUUGGUCACUUGCCUGGAAGCUGAAGAGGUGGGAGAGGAGCUGACGAUGAUGCAGUCAGGCAUUCAGGCCCUCACUUCUGGUGCACACACCUGCCAGGCUACCUCUUCUCCCACCUUCUCAAAGCCAAGUCCCACGAUCUGCUCCAUGAACAGCAACAUCUGGCAAAUAUGCAUCCAGUUGGAAGGGAUUGGCCACUUUGCACACGCACUAGGGAAAGACUUCCGUUUGCUCUUGAUGUCAGCCCUCUAUCCAGUCCUGGAGAAAGCUGGAGACCAAACCUUGCUUAUCAGUCAGGCGGCCAUCAGUACCAUGAUGGACAUUUGCCAGGCUUGUGGCUACGACUCCCUGCAGCAGCUGAUCAAUCAGAAUUCAGACUAUUUGGUAAAUGGGAUCUCUUUAAAUCUGCGUCAUCUAUCUCUCCACCCGCAUACCCCGAAGGUCUUGGAAGUCAUGCUACAGAACUCAGAUGCUAGCCUGCUCCCUUUGGUGGCAGAUGUGGUUCAAGAUGUCUUGGCUACCCUGGACCAAUUUUAUGAUAAGAGAACAACUUCCUUUGUCAGUGUACUGCAUGCCCUGCUGACAGCAUUAGCCCAGUGGUUCCCAGACGCAGGUCAUCUCGGGCAACUCCAAGAGCAAAGUGUAGGGGAAGAGGGAAGUCAUUUGAGCCAAAGACCAGCAAGUCCUGAGAAAGGACUUGAGAAUACCACAACAGCCGAAGACAUUGAACAGUUUGUGCUGAACUACCUCAAGGAAAAGGAUGUAGCUGAUGGAAAUGUCUCGGGUUUUGAUAAUGAAGAAGAGGAGCAGUCAGACCCUCCCGAAGUGGAUGAGAAUGACACUGAUCCCAGUGUGCAGCCACCACUGCCAGUGCAGAUCCAAAUAGCCACGGACGUGAUGGAGCGCUGCAUCCACUUGAUGUCAGACAAAAAUCUGAAAAUCCGCUUGAAGGUUUUAGAUGUGCUGGAUCUGUGUGUGGUUGUUCUGCAGUCCCACAAGAACCAGCUCCUUCCCUUGGCUCAUCGGGCGUGGCCCUCGCUCGUGCACCGACUCACAAAUGAUGACCCCCUGGCAGUGCUCAGAGCCUUCAAGGUUUUGCGUACCCUGGGAGGCAAGUGUGGCGAUUUUCUAAGGAACCGGUUCUGCAAAGAUGUCCUGCCAAAGCUGGCUGGCUCUUUAGUCAGCCAGGCUCCCAUCAGUGCCAGGGCUGGACCAGUUUACUUCCACACGCUGGCCUUCAAGUUGCAGCUGGCCGUCUUGCAGGGCCUGGGCCCCCUCUGUGAGAGACUGGACCUAGGUGAGGGUGACCUGAAUAAAGUAGCUGAUGCCUGCUUGAUUUACCUCAGUGCCAAACAGCCCGUGAAAUUACAAGAGGCUGCCAGGAGCCUUUUCCUCCACCUGAUGAAGGCAGACCCCGACUCCACCUGGCUCCUCCUGAACGAGCUUUACUGCCCACAGGAGUUCACACCUCCCCACCCCAGCCUGCACCCGGUGCAGCUACGGGGGGCCACUGGGCAGCAGAACCCGUACACAGCCAACGUUCUCCGCCUGCUCCAGGAGCUGCAGUGACCCCGCCCCGCCCCCGAGUCAGGCAGGCGCCCGAGGAGGUCCCCAGCGGAGCUUGCCGAGGAUGUGGGCCCACCCCACCCUGGCCGAGGGCGGUGGCGUCGGCCUCAGAGAAGACUGCCAAGGUGGAUUAGACAGCCAAUCGAUUUAUAAAUUGAUCGAUCACACUGCUUAGAAAUUGGAUUGAAGGAAAGCAGCUGACUGUUACUUCUCUUUCAUACCUGGUAUUUUCAAAUGACAUUGUCUGGCAGCUCUAAGGGCUUAACUCCUUAGCUUACCAUCUCUGCGGCCCUAGCUGCCUCUCAAGCCGCCCCACGCACCCACCCACACCCAAGAGCUUGAGGAUACAUGGGGCGGAGGCCUGUACUACCCAUCAUGUAUGACCUCGGCCGCCUGAGGACCACGUGGAAGUAUCACACAUUGGAGAGUUUUCAGAUCACCGGCCUGCAGCACGGACUCACACACCUCCCCCUCUUCAAGGAAGGAGAUAAGAACCUACCUGUUCUUUGGAAGAAAAUGAAAUAAAGGCACUUCUUGGAUGAAAAGUACGAUCAAGAACUCACUUUGAAGUUUGUUAUUUAAAUUGGGUGAUUUUUUAAAAAUGAGUUUAUGGGGAAUUCCCUGGUGGUCCAGUGGUUAAGACUGUGCGCUGUCACUGCUGAGAGCCUGGGUCUGAUCCCCGGUCAGGGAACUAAGAUGCCGCAUGCCGCAAGGGAAGGCCAAAAAAAGAAAAAAGAAAAAAACUGAGUCUAUGUUCAUGAAUGGAUAAUACAAAGUCAUGGUAUAAAAUCCAAGCAGGACAAAAUAAUGAAAACUCAGUCUCCCCAUCCUCAUUCCCCAGACAUCUAGUUUCCCUCUCCAAAGGCAAAUAGUCAUGCCAGUUUUUUUGGAUACCUUUUAAGUAUUUUUUAACUUUCCAUCAGGGAUAAUGGUACUCUGAAGCCCCAUGUGCCCAUAACCCAGCUGCACCCAGUCACCAGCACGUGGCCAGCCCUGCUUCAUCCUGCACCUUCCCAGUUACCUCCACACCACACCUGGCCCCUGGAUUAUUUUUAAGCAAACUCCAGAUGUCAUAUCUAGACUUCUUUUUUUUUUAAAAACAAAUGUACAGCCAGCAUAGCAUUAUCACACCUAAAACAUUUAACAACGGUCCUGUGUGUUUGAAUCAGGAUGCAAAUAAGGUGUGUACAUUGCCAUUAUCGGUAUGUCCCUUAAUAAAUCUGUUUUAAUUUAUAGAUUCUCCCUCCACCUCUCUUUUCUUUUCCUGGGAAGUUUUUUGUUGAGGAAACAAGGUCAUUUAUUCUGCAGCAUUUCCCACAGUCUGGCUUUACUGAUUGCAUCCCCGUGGGGGGUCAUUUCAUGGGCUGCUCCUGUCACCUGUGUUUCCUGUAAAUGAGGAAGCAGAACAAGAGGCUUGAUCGGGUUUGCUUUUUUUGUUUUUGCUUUUUGGCUGCACUCCGCCGUGGGUGGUAUUAUUUACUUCCGUCAGGAGGUACAUGAUGUCUGAUCUCUUCUUGUGAAGUUGGCAGCCAUUGGUGAGCCUCACCUGGACCCUCUCGUUCAUUAGGGAUUACAGAGCAGCGCUGUUCCAGCUCCGCCAUGCCGGCUUGCUUGUAGCUAGAGCCUUGGUCCCUUCAUCAACCACGUGGUAACCUUGAGGGAGUUUGUGUAGAAAAGGCAGGAUAAACACUUGAUUUUUCUAGCUGGGAGAUUUAAAACCCACAGAUUAUGUAAAUUCAGGUACUCAGCCACAUGCACACACUCACUCACCCAUGCUGAAAGAUGCACAUUCGAGAAUGAUGAAUGCUUCCUCCCCAGAUGCAUGGUGAGGCACUAUGUACAUAAUUCCUCCAGUGACAUAGAUAAUCCCCAAACUCUAAAAAAGCAAAACAAAACAAGAUGGUUGGCAUGGGGACUUAUUGGAGCAAGGGUCCCCAGCCAGUUCCAGAGAGGCCCCACUCCUUUCCUUUUAGGACCUUCCCUGCAAGGACAAUGAGAUGUCCAGCUGGCUUCUGGUCUGGCUCUGUCAGUGAGUCAUCACCACCCACCUUUGGCCUUCAGUUCUCCCACCUGUAAAGUGGAGGGAAUGGGCCACAGAGAGAGUUCUUAAGCUUUGAGGAUUCUGCGCUCUUCCAGGAAUCAGAUGAGAUCUGAGGACCCAGUCCCCCGAAACAUUCCUCCUCCCCUGUCACUCCCAGGAGGGCGCUGCAUCCUCCAAGCCUACAGUCACGCACCAUCUCCACCUCCCGCUGGGUCUGCUUAGCUGACCUCCCAAAAUUCUGGGUACAAUUUCAGAGACUUCACCUCAGACCCCAGAGGAACUCCCAAGUUAAGAAGUCCUGAGAGAGAACCACUUAACUCUCUUCCAGUUUUAAAAUUCUGGGAUGAUUUCCUUUGAGAAAUGCCCUCUAAUUGAGGGGAUUGUAGAAGGAUUCACAGAGCAUUGUUCCUAAUUCCACUGGGGACACAAAGUGAUAGGCUAAUUCAAUCUCUAGGUCCUGACAAAUGAAAAAACAGGUCAGAGAGGUGGCGUGACUUGUCGAGCAUGACCUAGCUCCCAGGGAGAUUAAAGCAGCCUGCCUUCCUUCCCCAGGUCCCUAGGUGUGGCAGGCCGUGAUGGUGUGCUGAGAAGUGGGGGGGGGGGGGGGGAACAUGCACACCCACCCUGUGCUGUAACAAAACUCUCGCUCUGGGGAAGCCCUCCAGGAGAUCAUCUGCGUGGGAGGACUUGCCGUGAUGUUCCAAAAACCCACCUCUUCCUCAAAGAGUUAAGACAUCCCGAGUCACUCUCAGAUUACUGCAGGCAGAUUGUUGCACUUGAUUAAAAAACAAAAAACAAAAACUAAUUAGAGUGCCUCUCCGGUUAUUAUUAUAUUCAGGCAACUUUAAUUUUGAAGCUGUCCAGCUGACUCAAUCUAGUCUUUGUUAACGAAGGCUUUGCAAAGUGAUCGUUUCCCCUGUUAAAACUUGCUGGUGCAGUGAGGGUUUCUUCUCUCAUUCCGGGUGCACCCUGAGUACUCUGAGUAUCAGUGUGGCUGGAGACGGGUGGGGAAGGGAUUAAUCGGCAGAUACUGAAAGGCUUUGCAUUUCAGGAUGAGAUGUUUGAGGUCUGAUCUGCAGGCAGUGGAGGCUCCUGGAGGAUUCAGGGAGGUGUAGAGCUGGAUCCAAGGGAUCCCGAGAAGAGCUGGAUGUGGCCCUCAGGGGGCACCAUACUGUGGAGAGAACAUGGAUGUAGAGUUCAUCAGAGCUGGGGUUGAUUUCUGACUCUGCCUCUUAGUAACUGCGUGACCUCGGUGAGUCACUUCACUUCAUUUUCCCAUCUCUAAAAUGGAGCUGCUGCCUCCCCCUCUUUUGACGGUUGCUUCAGGGGGAAUAAGUGCUGUAGUGUUUAUGGUGUUUAGCUAGUGCCCAGGGCUCGACAACAUGCUUUCCUUCCCCCUAUCCCCACCCCAUUGCUUGUGGCUUUGUUAGGGAUGCAAUACCUACUCUUCCAAGACAAUUAUAGCUGAGGAAAUAGAUGGUUAUGUCUCAGAAUGAGCUACCCAGGAACUACAGAGGACCACAGCGGGGGCGGGGGGCCGGGGCGUGGAUAAAAUUCUGGCAAGAGGGCUUCCCUGGUCGC